UCCCAUGCCAAUAAAGCCCUUUGAAUUGAAUUGAGAGAGAUGCCUAUAUAGGGUACCAUUUCAGACAGCCAGUGCUAUUUCUGAGACUGUCCCCCCCUUGUGAAAAACCCAUCCUCCUUCCUCCAGUUGUUAAAAAUACUAAAUGUUGUUAUCUCUCUGUUACCAGGCCGACGGGCUGAAAGAGGGGGACUACAUUGUUGCCGUGGGAGACACUGACUGUAAGUGGAUGGGAGUGAGCGAGGUGAUGCGGCUGCUGAAGGAUGUGGACGAGAACGGGAUUGACAUUCGCGUUGUUAGCUUGAUGGACAGCGGCCUGCCCAUGCCCACCAAGAGUGCCACCUACUGCGGAGGCAUCCCUAAGACCUACUCCAUGAUCUGCCUGGCCUUUGACGACGACAAGAACCCCAAGGGCCGCAAGGUGUCCAAGAAGGGCUCCUUCCUCUCCUGGGGCCUGAAGAGCCACCUGAAGAGCUCCAGCACCCUCAGCCUCCCCACGGCAGACUACUCUGGCUCACUGCCUUGGAACAAACCCUGCCCCACCUUCCCUUCCUCCAGCUCCUACAACGACUCAGCUCUCUACUAGGGAAGGACCUGAAACGCACACUGCGCUCUACUGGGUUCAGAGAAUACUGUGUUAGGAGUCCCAAAUGGCACCCUAUUCCUUAUAUAGUGCACUACUUUGGGAGCUCUACGGGCUUUGGGUCUAAAGUAGUGCACUAUAUUGGGAAUAGGGUGCCUUUUUGGGACACGUCCCAUAGCAUUGUGGCGCAGCCUGAGAACCCCAACAGAUGUGUUGCAGUAAAGGCACAGGUUUGCACAGUCAUAGCCCCCAGUCAUAGCCCCCAGUCAUAGCCCCCAGUCAUAGCCCCCAGUCAUAGCCCCCAGUCAU